GGUGACAGCUCAGUCAGCAGCCACAUCGGAGCACUCCAGAGUCAGAAUCUUUCACAUGGGGUCCUGAUAGUGAUAUCCUCAGAUUCCACCUCGCUGAAGAAAUUACCCCUGACAUGCAAAGGAUGGAGACUCUGGGGCCUUGGUUUGUGGUUUUCACCAUCAGAUGUCUCUUGGAGCUGCCACUUUCCCACACUCCUGAUGUCCCCAGGCCCAGAGGUUCGUGCACCUUCUACAACCCUCACUAGGGCUCCUCGUUCGGCAGAGCCCAAGCGCACUGCACCGGGCCAUAAAGGGAAGAUCACAGGUCUUCAAGAGGAGCGGUCUGUGCAGGAAUGCACAGAGGAGACUGUCCCAGUGCCCUCAGAGGCCCCUUGCCUCUUAUCCCUCUCCCCUUGCCCCGAAUCCUGCGCAACCGCAUUGGCCUCGGGAUCCCUAUUCCUGCUUCCAGUCCUGGGGAGAGGGUCUGGGGGUGUCGCAGCCUGAGCCCCGCCGCGCGCGCAGCCCCGCUCCUCCCCGCGCGCCCCACUUGUGGCCCCGCCGGCAGCUUCGCAGGGACAGCUGCAUUUCUCGCCGCCCGCCGCUAGGAAGCCGGCCUCGCCUCGCUUUCUCCGCCUCCCGGCGCCCAGCCGCGCCGCCGCGCCACCGAGCCGGGCUGCCGCUGCCGCCGCGGGACCGCGCCCCUCCCCCGCCGCCGGGCCCCAGCGGCCCCGCGGGAGCGGACGCGAGUGCGGUGCUCGGUGACACCGUCAGUCCGUUGCAGCCCCCUGUGCCAGGAUGACUCGAGGAUGUGGAUGAUCUGGAGUCCAUCUAAAGCCUGGCCGAGGUCCGCAUGCCGCCACCACCCUGGUUCCUGUCCCCUAGCCCGGGCCGUGCAUUCCCUCCAGGAGGAAGCACUGCAGUGAGUCUUCCCAGCCUGCGGAGCAAGCAAGUGGCCCACGACGGAGGGACCCCGGGCCAGCGGCUUCUCGGUUUGUUGGAAACAUUUUCCCGCAGCGGCUCUGCAAGAUGACCAGCCUGUUUCGCAGGAGCAGCAGCGGCAGCGGCGGUGGCGGGGCCACCGGGGCUCGCGGGGCCGGGACAGGGGCUGGAGAUGGCAGCACUGCCCCUCAGGAGCUCAACAACAGCAGGCCGGCCCGCCAGGUGCGCCGCCUCGAGUUCAACCAGGCCAUGGACGACUUCAAGACUAUGUUUCCUAACAUGGACUACGACAUCAUUGAGUGCGUGCUGCGAGCCAACAGCGGAGCGGUGGACGCCACCAUAGACCAGCUGUUACAGAUGAACCUGGAGGCGGGUGGUGGCAGCGCCUAUGAGGACAGCUCGGACUCAGAGGACAGCAUCCCGCCGGAGAUCCUGGAAAGGACUCUGGAGCCCGAUAGCUCUGAGGAAGAGCCCCCGCCUGUGUACUCACCACCAGCGUACCACAUGCACGUGUUCGACAGGCCUUACCUGAUGGCUCCUCCGACCCCACCUCCCCGGAUUGAUGUCCCAGGCUCCGGACAACCUGCAAGCCAGAGACGCUACAGAAACUGGAACCCACCCCUGCUGGGCAGCCUCCCGGAUGACUUCCUCCGAAUCCUUCCCCAGCAGAUGGACAGCAUUCAGGGCCACCCCGGGGGCUCCAAGCCUAUGAGUGGAGAGGGAGGCCCACCUCCGGUGCCAGGGCCCAUGGCCUGUGACCAGGACAGCCGCUGGAAACAGUACCUGGAAGAUGAGAGAAUCGCCCUCUUCCUGCAGAAUGAGGAAUUCAUGAAGGAGCUGCAGCGAAACCGGGACUUCCUCCUCGCCCUGGAGAGAGACCGAUUGAAAUAUGAAUCCCAGAAAUCCAAAUCCAACAAUGCGGCGGUUGGAAAUGACGGUGGCUUUCCUUCCUCUGUCCCCGGAACCAGUGAAAUCAACCCCACUGUGUCAGAAGAUGCCUUAUUCAGGGACAAGUUGAAACACAUGGGAAAAUCUACGCGCAGGAAGCUGUUUGAACUCGCCCGAGCCUUCUCCGAGAAGACCAAAAUGAGGAAGUCAAAGAAGAAACAUUUACCGAAGCUUCAGUCGCUGGGGGCUGCUGCAUCCACAGCCAACCUCCUGGAUGACGUGGAGGGCCAUGCUUACGAGGAAGACUUCCGGGGUAGGCGGCAGGAGGUGCCUAAGGUGGAAGAGGCCCUAAGAGAAGGACAGUAAGAGGUGCCAGCAGCUUCACCUUGCCAGAGAUGCUCUGACUGGGUGGGGGCAACCAGAGAGCAGCACCAGUGCCCUCCAGCUGCAGCCCAGACAGACGGUGCUCGCACACCAAGGCUCAGGCUUCUUCAGCCACGCAGCCCAGCCCAGCCACUGCCGCUUUCCACAGACAGGACUUAGAACUUUCAGAGCUGCUUAUGAUUGGAGGAGGGGCCUGGAGCCUUCGAGACAGCAGCCAGCCAGCCACAAACCCCAUUUGUAGUCUGGCUCCUCUAUAGGGGAUGAGCAGAAAUGCAGGAACCACCCCUCCCCUUCCAGAAAGAAAGAAAGAAAGAAAGAAAGAAAGAAAGAAAGAAAGAAAGAAAGAAAGAAAGAAAGAAAGAAAGAAAGAAAGAAAGAAAGGAGAAGAAGGAUCCCAAGGUUCCAGUUAGGAACUGACAAGAUGACCCAUGUGGAGAUUCUUUGGGCCUGAAGAAAGUUCGGUUUCUUUCCUAUCUCUCCUGACCUGCCACAGUGGGUCCGAUCUAUACCCUCCCCCAAUCCCCUGCGGCCUUUUCCCCCCAAAGGUCUCCUGCACCUCAGCCUUGUCGGGGACUGCUGACUCUUGGCUCCAACCCUGCACGGAACUCUGGACACUUAGGUCUUGUCCGGUCCAGUUUAUAGGGCUGCUUCUAUUAAGGGCUGGCUGUCACCUCCAGCAGCCUCCACUUGACCCAGCAGGGAUGGGGAGGGUGACCCCGGAGCUGGAGGAUUCUGUUUAGGCAGGGUCUUUAGUUAGGCUGAACACAGAAACAGGUUCUAAAUUUACAUCACAGUGGAGUACCCCAGGGGCUGGACCGGUCCUGCUGUGUUUUUUUUUUUUUUUUUGUAAGAGGGGAAGGUGCUGGAGUUUAAGAGUGGGGGUGACCCCAAAUGAAAAGGUGCAGACUGAUAAGACUGACAUGCAAGCUGCCGAAGCUGCCAGUCUCGGGGAGGUGGGUGGAACGGCAAGCACCUAGAACAAGAACUUGCCGGGAGCCUCAGGUGGAGAAACCAGAGGCGAUUUAAGGAACCCGCACCAACCACUGCCACGGGACGGAGGCCGCACCCUUGUCCCACUCGCCCCAUGACCUGGGAACGCGUCUGGACAGGUGCGGGGGUCCUGGUUGAGAAUGGGAUCCGAUGCAUGGGUGGUGGGGGCUGCUAAGGACUGGCAGAAAAUGGGAGCCUGGUGGGCAUGGGACCGCAAACGCCUCAACUCCUGCGGGUCAGUCGAGCUUCCCCGGGCUCGGAAGAGAGGUGUACGCAGAGAGUGACCAAGUGGGGAAGCGUGCGCAGCCAGUGCGGGUGGGGGUGGGGACUACGUUGGCUCCGAGCCAGGCCGGUGAACUCUGGAGAGAAAGACAGCUCCCCACCUCCAGGAGCCCCGGGAGGCUAAACUGAGCUCCAGACGUGUCUGGGCCCUCCCUGCUCCAAGGCCGGGCGCCCUCGGGAAAGCCCUAGAUUUGUGUGUGUGUGUCACUUUGUUAUUCUUUCCCUCCAGUGUGUGGUUUUUUUUUUUCCCCCUUGGAGCUGUUUCAUAGGAAUUCCAGUAAUAAAGACUUGGUGUUCUC